GUUCCAGCGCGGCCUUCUCUCGACCCCGUCGGAGCUGCGCAGGGCGACCGCAGCGCCCCUGGCGGCCGGGUGCGGAGUUACGCCGCCGAAGCUGCGCCUGCUCUCGGCGAGGUGCUCAGUCGGCCAGCGACGGCUCGACGUGUUGUAAGAAGCGAGGAGUGUCUGAGAGUGCUGCGUGGGCAAUUAUCGUAGCAUAUCGGAUCUGAGUGCCAUAGCAAGAGCAGUUCUUCUCUGGAAAACGCACAAGAGCGCAUGGCGUAGCUGAAGCGAUUGAAGAUGGAGCGAUCUUCAUUGGAUCAUCUGGGAAAUACAAGGCGGGUCGCAGCUGACUGACUGCACCAGCUUCUGAGACGCCACCAGCGUCACCUACCGUCUCCACCCAGCGCCGGCCAGUCGGAUCAUGAACGGGACCAACAUGAGUCCCAAGUUCACCACGCGGAUCAGAAACUGGGUGGAGGCGCGGCUGGGCCGCGGCCGGCGGCGGCCCGGACGGUCCGACUGCCCCGUCACCGGACCUGUGUUAGUGGUGAGCGGUGGGGCGCUGGGACGAGGGGCGCUCACUCCCGACUCUCUACCGUCCUUCUCGAGUCCCGAGUCGGCAUACUUCACUGGGGAGGACUCUGCUACGCCGCUGACACCGGCGACUCCCCUCACACCGGCGACGCCUUCGUCUGGGAAAUACUUCCUCCUGCAGAACCGUGAUUUUCGUCCUCUGAGGAACCUCCCUGAGGACUCAGCCGAGAGUCGCCUGUCCUCUGGUAGUCCUCAUCUGGCGCGAGCUGGUGCGGACAGUCCUCGCACACCUCGACCGUCCUCCGGUGGAUCUAUAUCCAGCCGAGGCGUCGGCAGUGGCCUGACAACGGUCAGCGCGAGUGGAGGACCUCAUAGUCUCCUAGCAGCUCCAUCCGGAGCGGCGGGCAGCCCUCGACUGAGGCCUCACGGGGAGCCUCGUGGAGCUGUGUGCAGUCCUCUAACAACUCACCCGCCUGCCAGUCCACCGGUCAUCAGCGCCCGUACCGAGUACGCCAAUCUGGCCGAGAUGGGAGACCUCUGCUACUCACCGCGAGAGAGACCCAAGAUAAAAACCAACCCGUGGCUGGCGGCAGGAGGCAGCCGCUGCCCUCCCUCAGCCUCCGACACAUCAGGACUCGACUGUUCAAUGGAUACAAGCAGCUCACGGCGUGCUGACUUCCAGCGAUCGUACUCGAGCGGUCGCAGCUCGUAUGUGAGUGAAGUGUCGAGCGGGGGCACCCUCGCCGCUGAGCGUCGACCGGACAGUACGUACGACUCGCUCGGUUCGUGGCAUCGCUCCUCUGAGGACGAGCCCCCGCCGGAUACCUACAGUGAGGACGCCACUGAUGACGAGGAUGAGGACGAUUCGACAGAGGAGGGAGCGCGCCGAUCUCCGGCCAAACGCUCCUCGCGCGGCCGGCGGCACCACCAGGAGAGACGGCGCAGCGUGCGAGACCGGCGGCGUGGCGUCCGGCGCCGCUCAGAGCCCGACUGCAGCCCUCCGCCGACCGUGUCCGACGCGAGCGCCAUCUGUGGCAGCGAGUGGCCGCCAGAGGGCUCUGCCGCGCCGCUGAGACGGCCAGUACGCGGCGGUCUGCUCCCUCGCUCCUUCUGUCCGUCCAGUGAGCCGCUGCGGAGGAAGGCGCUCGCCGGCAGCCCGGCCAGUCGGCUCCGCUCGCCCCAGUCCCGGCAGCCGGCGGACGUGGUCCGACCGCGCUCCUCCCUGAGCUGUUCCGGGUGGGGCGGGGAAUCCCCAGCCGCCUGCAGUCCCGUCCGAUCGGCCGUCACCGCCGGCAGAGAGAGCCUCGAGCACAAAAUCGAGCGACUGCGCCGACAGCGGCAGAUCGUCGAGGCGAAAAUCGAACAGGCGCAGGCAGAGGAGGCGCAGCGGCGUCAGGAGCGCGUGCGACAUCUCGCUGACACACUAAAACAGCGGCACGCAUUGCUGCGCUCUCUCAGUCGGUACCCAACCAGUCCAGACAGCUCGCCGUUCAGGGAGCCGACCCAGCGAGCCGUGGCCAGGAGUAGGACCUACCUGGUGUAAACGAGUGAAGUCAUUCCAGAGUUUCUUCCCUCCCGGGGCGGUUAGGGUCGGGGGGGGGGGGGGGGGUCAUCAAACCGGUGCGGGAAGCGACGCUCGCGUCGCCGCUGUCGCCAUUUUGCCAUUCGUUUUGUUUCGCUUGCGUCGCGUGACGUUUUAGUUUGCAAACAAUGUCGGAUUGUGGGGCGCAGCGUCCGUGGCCUGCUGACCGCGCUAUAUGCUCCGUAUAGCUCGGUGUCAGUGUGUGGCCAUCCAAUCCGUCCCGCCCGCCCGUCCCGGCCUGCUCAGAGCGGCGAGGAGGGGGCCGAACCAUCCCCUGGGGCUGGCACGGCGGAGUGACGCACUUUGUACCGCCGCAGGCCGCUCACGGGGAAUAAUGUGCAACAAUAUAUGUACGUAAUUAUAUGUCAAAUAGAAACUGUCAGACUUUUA